AUGACAACCACAACACUGCACCUCAAGACGUACACUCGUCGACAACACAUCAACAGACUCCUCUCCAUCCCACUCCCACAAUGCACAUCGUUCGAAUGGAGACAAGAGUACUACCGAAUUCUCUGGAUGAUGCGUGAGCUCCUCGACUGCGGCACCAAGGACGCACGAUCAAUCUGGAAGAUGAAUCUUCUCGCAGAGGCACUGCAAAAACUCCACGAGAUUGACGACCCUACCUCCACACCUACCGAAUCAUACAAGAAGGACAACAACAGAUGGACAGAGGUCAUGACGAGGCGGAUCAUCGCCGAACAACUCUGGAACGAGGGCGGCGUCGUCACAUUCUACGACUGCUGGGACACACUUCGGGAGGGACGCAGCAAGGCAGCCGCAGCCCGUCUCCACGAACAAGUACGGAUAUGCUGGCAAGGCGUCACCGACGCGGACGUCAGCGCCGACUUCAGCCUGGCAGCAUAA